UUUUCACAAAGUUGUGAACAUCGUUAACAAGCACUACUUACUUAUUUCUCUUUUUACUUUCCAUAAAUCUCGAAUAUUUGUGGUUAUAAGUAAAAAAAAAAACAGGAAAGCCCCCUUCAUCAUUAUUAGAAUUAUUACAAUUAUAAUUAAUAGUUGUUAAUUGUACUUAGUAAUUACUAGUAUUAUUAUUUUCUGUUAUUGUUAUUGUGUUUGUUUAUAGUUUUUUUGUGUGUACUGGAGCCACCCACGUGACCAGUGACGUGACAUUACGAGAUAUCAACAAUGACUUCGGGAAGGAGCGGCGACAGCAAUCACAAUAACAAGGAUAGCAGGAUCGGUAACAGCAUGGCUACCUCGGGCGUCACUGUUGUCGGCCAGGAGGUUGUUAUUUACGAGGAUCAUUUGUACAAGCUGCGCAACAUAGCUCGCCUGAAAACAUUUAGCAUAAAUUACAAACCGUGGAGACUAAAAUACUUCAUCUUAAAGAAAAAAGAUAACCACCUCAUGUUGGAAUAUUAUGAUCGACAACCGACGCCAAAGCGGACUCCUAAAAUGCAACUGUUACUACAUAAGUACCGUGUGGAGAAGAUUACCAAUUCUAAGAAUCGUGCUUAUGUUUUCGAAAUCACCACACCUGAGAGAAGGCUUUGCCUCUCAGCUAAUGAACAGCGAUCUAUGGAUAUGUUUGUGUUCUUUCUACAAAUUCAACGCAAACUAAUACGAGAAUUAACAGAUGAUUACAUUGUGGUACAACCAGAGAAUUCUGAAACUCUGAGGCGUAUUGGUGCCAGAGGCUGCCCCUGUUUGCUGUAUAUCUCCCCAUAUGGAGUGACUUUGGCUCUUCAGGGUUCACUUCGAGUUCUAGCGCAAUGGCCUUUGAAGAGCAUUCGUUGCUAUGAAAGUUCCUACCAAGGACAAUUCUCCUUAGAAGCUGGUCGUGUUGCUCCAAUGGGGGAUGGUUUAUACAUUUUUAACACACAGCCAGGUGAUGAUGACCGUCUCUAUGACUUGUUAGAUAAACAUGUGGUCAAUGCUUUACAAAAUAUUCGGCCUGGUCAACAAUUUUCUCACCAUAUUGAAGAAUAUGCCUUAGAAACGAAACAACUUCAGUCUCUCACUCAAUUUUCCAUCUGUACACAACACCAAGAAGAAAUACCUCGAAUUUUGCAGGAAAACUGGAAUCUUGUUUUACCAUCUUUUGUGCCAGUACGACCACCCUCGACUCGACCAGACUUUCUUGCCAACUUCGGCAGCAAUCAGCUUCCACCACCUUUACCCAUACGUUCCAUAAACACCACAUCAACCGAAGUCCUUACUUCUUCACCAGAUGCAUUUGUCCCAGAUUUCCGGUCCCUUCGACUAAAAUCUCCUAACAGCGAAGCUCCACUUGAAAGCAACUCUCUCGACAAUUCCAAUCAAAGUGUGCCUGAUUUCGUCUCAAAUGGUCGCACUGGCUACAUGUAUCCCUCUGGCCAACAGAUGUUAAGACAUUCCCAGAGUUUGUCCAGUCCAGAACAGGACUCGCUGUUAAACGUAUUUGAGUCUUCGCCAGAAAACAACGAGGGGUACUUGACAGCUUGUCUAAAAAAGAACAACACAGACGGGGAUCCAACCUGCAACUCCGAGAGUAAUAAUCUCAACAAAUCACAAAACAGCUUACGAAGACGAAGUCGACUAAAAUCACGCAGUUGUGAAGAUUUGAAUUCCUACAUCAAAAUGUCUGCAUUAAAAGAUUCUAAUCCGGGAACAUCAGACUGCAAAACAGAGCCAAAGAAGGAUAACAGGGAAAAUGCAGCUGUCAAACCCCCAGUGCCUUUCCCACGAUUGCAAAAUCUUCGCAGCAGUCUAUACUGUGACAGCAAUGGACUCAACAAUUUUCGCGCUGCUUCUGUUUAUUAUGGCAACAUUACCAAGAAGAAAAAUGGUGUUUAUGAACCAGCAAACCCAGGUGUUUCAGAACUUCGGCAGAUCUUCGAUGGCGGCGAGAAGAAGAUGCGUAAAUCAGUUUCAAAUCCAAAUUUCUUUAAUAUCUCAAGUAAAGACAACUCCGUGUGUCCCAUGGCGUUCGCUCCAGAGCCAAGCCCCCUCGGAACCAGCAACAAAAACAAGUCUACCCAUAAAUCGUGGAGAAACCUAUUUGCAGACCGGCGGCGCAGGUCAAACCAUGACAACCAGCAGAACAACAACAACCAUCACAAAAACAACAACAACAACAACAAUAAUAAUAACAACAACAACAACAACACUAAUUCCUCAGCUACAACAGAUGAAGGCCCUUACUUGAAUGAAUCUGUCCUUUCACGUCCUGCAAAUAAAAGACGAUCGAGCAGUUUCAGCAAGAAGUCUUCCCAGAAUUACCAAGCAACCAGUUCUCAGGUGAUGGAUACCUACGGUACCGGAGGCAUGAAAGGUGUUCGAAUGACGCCUAAAACUCGAUCUUACCGAAGACUAAAGAGUGAGAGUAGUGCUUCGUAUCCCAAUAAAUCUCCACUGAAAGAAGCCACUCCACCUCUAGCAUCAGUGGAAUCUCUUUGUUGACAACUCUUCUUCCAUCAUGUAUGAUGGCAAACAUAAAAGACAAACAACUGUGGAUGCAUGUGUGUGUGUGUGUGUGAAAGUGUUUGCAUGAGUCUGUGUGUACAUAUGUAUAUCUGUGUGUGUGUGUAUGUAUUUCCCCUCUAACAGUCUUUUCCUCCAAAAUUCUAUUCUGUAGAUAAAACUGCCAACAAACAAGCAAAAAAAAAAAUCAGAAGCUGUAAAAAGAAAUGAAAAUAUAUUCAUACACACAUAUAUAUAUACUCUCUCUCUCUCGCUCGCUCUAUCCAUAUCUCUCUGAAAUUGAUCGGAAGUCUGUGGCCAUCUGAGGGCUGUUGAAACCGUUGAAACUCUCAUCUAUAUUAAAAACACCCAGCAUUUAUAAUUUUUCAUAUUUUCAAAUGCAGUGCCUUGAUCUAUUUUAGUGCCUUAUGUCUCCAACUCCAAUUAUUAUCUCACUGGCAAACUGACUUUGCACCAGUUUUCAUUUCUCCAAGUGAAGAAUACUUGUAAUUUACUGGGGUAGUAGGUGGGAAGGAGACUCUAGACUUCUGAUUGUGUCUCUUUUCUGACGUAAAAAAAAAAAAAAGGGAUAACAUGGUACCUGGGGAAGAAAACAAAAAAAGAAUGAAGACUAAAAAUUGAAAACAAAAAUAAAAAUCUGCAAGUUCUGUUGAGAAAAUUAGAGACGAGCUUUUCUCUCUCUUUCUCUCAGAAAACUUCGACCUAUUUUUA